GGCUUGGAGUUCGCGGGGCUGCGCCUUCGUUCGCGAAGGGAGGUUUCAAGUCUACUUUCGAUCACAGGGGAGCUUCUGAGAGGGGGCUUCCGGGACGCCUUGUCUUUCGUGGGCAGACGCUAACUCCCGAGGAGUGAAGGUCGCAGAGCUCGCCCGCUAGGGAAGCUGUACUGUCUCUCCCAAGUCUUGGAGCCAGACUUGAAGAAUGAUUCGUGAAUCCGGAAUGGAUGACAACGUCAUCACGACAUAUUUUUGACUAUGGAUUCUUAUAAUUCACCUGGACCAACUUCUAGACGAAGGACCUCAAAUCUGAAAGACUAUUUUAUAGGUGCCACCCCUCUGCAGAAACGGCUGGAAUCGGUCAGGAGGCAGAGUUCAUUUUUUCCCAGUCCACCUCGGAGAAAAUUACCCCAGUGUUCACAGUUGCAGGAAGAAAUUGAUCCUGAGAAGGUGGCAUUUCUCCUCCACAAACAAUGGACUGUAUAUAGUUUAACUCCCCUGUAUAAAUUCUCCUAUACUAACCUCAAAGAAUAUUCUAGACUUCUAAGUGCAUUUAUUGCUGCUGAAAAGCAAAAAGGACUUGCUGUGGAGGUGGGAGAAGACUUCAACAUCAAAGUGAUUUUCUCGACUCUACUUGGAGUAAAAGGGACACAAAGGGACCCUGAAGCUUUUCUUGUGCAGAUUUUCUCAAAGUCUCAGUCAUCACGUGAGCAGAGAGAGGGUAAAGUGCUAUGGACUGGUUGGUUCUGCUGUGUGUUUGGAGAUAGUCUUCUGGAGACUGCUUCCGAAGACUUCACCUGUCUACCCUUGUUCCUUGCAAAUGGAGCAGAGGCCAAUACAUCCUUGAUUGGAGGCUGGUUUCAGAAGACUUUUGACUGUUGCUUCAGUCCUUUAGCAAUCAGUGCAUUUAAUCUUUCCUGGAUGGCUGCCAUGUGGACUGCUUGUGAAAUGGACCAUUACACGGCUACCACUGAAUUUUUUUGGUCUGUGCCCUGUAGCCCUCAAAGCUUGGAUAUUUCUUAUGCAAUUCAUCCAGAGGAUGCAAAAGCUUUAUGGGACAGUGUCCACAAAACACCUGGGGAGAUUACCCAGGAGGAAGUUGACUUAUUUAUGGACUGCCUUUAUUCACACUUCCACAGGCAUUUCAAAAUUCACUUAUCAGCCACAAGAUUGGUUCGUGUCUCGACAUCUGUAGCUUCAGCACACACUGAUGGGAAAAUAAAGAUUCUGUGUCAUAAAUACCUUAUUGGUGUGUUGGCCUAUAUGACAGAACUGGCAAUUUUUCAAAUUGAGUGAAUUCUAGUAUGGACUCUAAGUGAUGCAUUAUAAACCCUUUCAGUUACUUUCUGAGUUGCUAUUCCAAGUGGGACAGUGGAGGAAAUGUAGCACCUGUUUUCUCAUGGUGCCUUUGGAGUUGCCCGGGUAGAUCUGAAACGCAGCAGUGGUCAUGGGGUGAGCCAUGGUUAUGUGCUUGUGUGUCCAUAUAUCACUGUGGUCCUGUUAUGUAUAAAUGCUGUAGAAGAUGCUGAAUUGUUAACAUAAAAGUAUCCAGCUUAAUCAAAUAAACAUAUAUAAAAUCUGG